AGGAAAAAGGAGAAGAAGGUAUUCCUUUGCGGCCCGGCCGCUUUCUUCCUGGACCCUUACUGUUCUCGGUUUAAAAAAACAAAAACAAAACAAGACAAAAAAACAAACAAACAAACAAACAAAAAAACACAGAGACAAGGCUCUGGCGCGUGUGCGAGCCGAAAGCAGUCUGCGGGGACCCUGGAGGACGUCGGUGUGAACGCAGUGUGCAGAUCCCACUGGGGACUUCCGCGAGAGCCCCGAAUUCCAGCGGGUGUUGUGGGAGAAGCAUCCCCGGGGAGCCGCUAGCUCCGACUGCUUUCUCUUCGCCUGAGGGUAGCAUGCUGGGUGAUCUAACCCAGCAGGGAAGCUCCACUCGCCUCCAUUUGGGUCAGGCACUUUAAACAGAAGCCGACUUGACCAUGUGUCUGGCGCGAUGAGGACCACCGAGAACUUGGAGGAGCCUAGCGCCACGCCAAACCCCAGCAGGACCCCCAAGGAGAGAUUCGUUUAUCUGGAAGCGCUCCUGGAGGGAGGGGCUCCCUGGGGCUUCACCCUGAAAGGUGGCCUGGAGCGUGGAGAACCGUUAAUCAUUUCCAAGAUUGAAGAAGGGGGGAAAGCUGACUCGGUGAGCUCCGGACUGCAAGCUGGGGACGAGGUCAUCCACAUCAAUGAGGUGGCGCUGAGCAGUUCCAGGAGGGAGGCUGUCUCCCUGGUGAAAGGGUCCUACAAGACCCUCCGGCUGGUGGUGCGCAGAGACGUGUGUGCAGCGCCGGGCCAUGCAGAUCCUGGUACCUCUAACUCCCUCCGCUCAGAGCUGCUCACCAGCGGUCCCCAGCACCGAAAAGCAACAUGGUCAGGAGGGGUGAGACUUCGGCUAAAACAGAGGUGCAGUGAACCCGCCGCUCGCCCUCACUCGUGGCAUACCACCAAAUUUGGGGAGGCCCAGCCUGAGGUCAGCAUGAUGCAGAUAUCUCAGGGCACAAUGGGCCCGCCCUGGCACCAGAGCUACCAUUCCAGCUCCUCGACGAGUGACCUCUCCAACUAUGACCACGCUUAUCUGAGGCGGAGCCCUGAGCAGUGCAGCUCCCGCGGGAGCAUGGAGAGCCUGGAGCCCAGCGGAUACCCACCCUGCCAUCUUCUCUCUCCCGCCAAGUCCACGAGCAGCAUCGAUCAGCUAGGCCACCUUCAUAACAAAAGAGACUCGGCCUACAGCUCCUUCUCCACCAGUUCUAGCAUCUUCGAGUACCCGCCCCCUGGUGGUACUGCCCGAGAACGUUCUGGUUCCAUGGACGUGAUUUCUGCCCGGGGCGGCCUCCUAGAAGGGAUGAGGCAGGCAGACAUUCGCUAUGUCAAGACAGUCUACGAUCCCCGCAGGGGAGUAUCUUCAGAGUACGAGGUGAACCCUUCCGCCGUGCUUCUUCAAGGUAAGGAUGCCCACGGCUCAGCAGAUAGUCAGGGCUGUGCUAAAUGGCCUAACAUUGGUCGGGGCAAGGGAUCAUGGAGCCAGCAGUGUGCUAGUUCCCUGGAGACUGCUACUGACAACCCACCCCAGAAGGCGGGCGCGCCCAUGCCCCCCACCCGCAGUGACAGCUAUGCAGCCUUCCGGCACCGUGAGCGCCCCAGCUCCUGGUCCAGCCUUGACCAGAAAAGGUUCUGCCGGCCUCAGACAAACUCUCCAGGUUCCCAGAAGACCCCGUUCGUGGAAGACCAGCUGCACACAGUCCCAGAGAGGAGCCCAGAGAACAGCCCCCCAGUGAAACCCAAGCGUAAUUAUGCCCAGAAGACGCAGCCCGGCCAACCUCUGCUGCCCACUGGCAUCUACCCGGUCCCUUCCCCAGAGCCUCACUUUGCCCAGGUGCCCCAGCCCUCUGUGAGUAGUAAUGGCACCGUCUACCCUGCACUAGUCAAAGAGAGUGGGUACGCAGCUGCUCAGGGGACCUGCAACAAGAUGGCCACCUUAGAUGAGAACGGGAAUCAAAACGAAGCUGGCAGGCCUGGGCUUGCCUUCUGUCGGCCCCUGGAACACGACUCAGUGACUCCGGUGGAGAAAAAGCCAGAGCCCACGGUCAAAUACAUCUACAAAGUCCAUUUUUCUUCUGUGCCUGAAAAUGAAGACUCCUCCCUAAAGAGCCACGUCGCACCUCCCCACGGCAAUAGCCCGUAUCCCAGCGAGAGAAAGAGCAUUCACAGCGGCAGCAGACCGAGUUCUCAUCACCACGGUCUCUCGGCCCCUCAGGCCCCGGCCCUGCACGUGGGCGAUGACCGGGGGCCUCCCAGACCCUGGGAGGGUGACCUUCAGGAAGACCACAAUGCCAACCUCAGGCAGAAAGUGGAGAGGGAAGGCCCAGGCCAGGGCCUGUCGGGCAACUCUGGCAGGACCAAAUCGGCCUUCUCAUCCCUCCAGAAUAUUCCAGAGAGUCUAAGAAGACAAAGCACCGUGGAGCUAGGAGAGGCCCCGGAGGUUUACCCCGGUGGCAGGGCUCCCUGCGCCCUCACCGCCAAGGUGGAGGACUCUGGAAGGAAAGCAGGGCCCGACAGCAGGGGCUCCCUGGACAGAUCUGUUUCCUAUCCAAGGCCGGAGGGGAAAAUGAAUGCUGCAGAAUCCAGUGCAGAGCCCAGGUAUGAAGAUCCCCCGGGCCCACCGCUGCCGCAGACCUGCGGUGUGAGCCAGAGGCGGCUCAGCGCCAGCAGCACCUCUGCCCUGCAGUACAGGAAGCCCCACUGCUCCGUGCUGGAGAAGGUUUCCAAGAUCGAGGAGCGAGAGCAAGGGCGCCACAGACCCACGAGUGUGGGCAGCUCCGCCUACGGCCUCAGCUACAGGCCCAGCAGGACGAGCUCUACUCCCAGUGACCUUGACGAUGCAAAAGCCAGCAUCGAUCCGAAAGCCAGCAGCGUCCAUUUCUCUGAGUCCACCGAGCACCUGCGCAAUGGGGAACAAAACCCCCCAAACGGGGAGUCUAAGCAGGAGGAGGCGUCCUGGCAGCAGGGCGGCCAGCUGCAGCGGAGGGCCGCCGCAGACGGCCGUGGACCUCCUGGCAGAGGCAGCGAGCCCCCGAGGCCGGAGGCCCGCCUGCUCCGCAGCCAGAGCACCUUUCAGCUCUUCGGCGAGGCGGAGAAAGAAGCCUCGUGGUCGGAGGACAGGCCCAGCACCCCCGAGUCGCCCCUGCUGGACGCGCCCUUCAGCCGCGCCUACAGGAACAGCAUCAAGGAUGCCCAGUCCCGCGUCCUGGGGGCCACCUCGUUUCGUCGCCGAGACCUGGAACCGGGCGCCCCCGCGACCUCGAGGCCCUGGCGCCCGCGACCCGCCUCGGCCCACGUGGGGAUGCGGAGCCCCGACGCCGCGGCGCCCUCGUCCUCCCCGCACACCCCUCGGGAGCGACACAGCGUGACCCCGGCCGCGCCCCAGGCUGCCCGCCGAGGGGCACGCCGGCGCCUCACGGCCGAGCAGAAGAAGCGCUCCUACUCCGAGCCAGAGAAGAUGAACGAGGUAGGCGUCUCGGAGGAAGCCGAGCCCGCGCCCUGCGGCCCACCGAGGCCUGCGCAGCCGCGCUUCUCGGAGAGCACGGUGGCCGACCGGCGCAGCAUCUUCGAGCGCCGCGUCUUCGAGCGCGACGGCAAGGCCUGCUCCACGCUCAGCCUGUCGGGCCCCGAACUCAAGCAGUUCCAGCAGAGCGCCCUGGCCGACUACAUCCAGCGCAAGACCGGCAAGCGGCCCGCGGGAGCCGCCUGCACACCGCCGGAGCCCGGGCUGCGCGAGCGCGCCCAGAGCGUCUACCUCCAGCCGGUCCCCGCGGCGCCCGAAGGCCCCGGCCUCGCCUCCGCCUGCAGCCUGAGCUCGCUGCGGGAGCCCGAGGCGCUGCCCCGCAAGGAGCACCCCCUCCAGCCCACCGCAGAUGGGCCGCAGACACCCCGAGAUCGCAGCAGCUCCUUCGCCAGCGGACGCCUAGUCGGGGAGCGACGACGCUGGGACCCUCAGGCCCCCAGGCAGCUGCUCAGCGGGGCCAACUGCGGACCGAGGGCUGUCCAGAGGAUGGACAGGACCCCGGGCACGCCGCCUUCCUGGGGCAUGGUGGCUGGGAAGGCAGGGAAGUCCAAGUCUGCCGAGGAUCUGCUGGAGCGCUCCGAUACCCUGGCGGUCCCUGUGCAUGUAAGGUCCAGGUCGUCUCCCACCUCGGACAAGAAAGGUCAGGAUGUGCUCCUGAGGGAAGACAGUGGCUUUGGUUUUGUGAAGGACCCAUGUUGUCUGGCCGGCCCUGGAUCCAGGUCCCUCAGCUGCGCAGACAGAGGCCAGAAGGAGCUGCCAUCGUCCACGCACCACCCUGCGCCCUGCUGGAACGGCUCGGGCUGCAAAGCCGCUGUGGCCUCCUCAGCUCCUGCCGAAUCUCCUGGAGCCCCAGAUCACCUGAGGCAGCUUAGAGCGCCUGGCUCCAGGCCGCUUUCGGCGGGGAUGCACGGCCCCUUCCCGGAUGCCAGAGCUGCCUCCACGGCCCCGCUCGGCUCCCCUCUGCCGUCGCCCGUCCCCUCCAGUUACCGGUCACAGCCGGCCACGGAUCUGCAGCCCCACCCAGGCCCCGCCAGCCCACGAAGCCACGGGCUAGAGGAGGGACUGUGGAAGAGGGCGUCCCUGCCUCAGCGGCCCCCUCCACCGUGGGUGAAAUGGGCCCACGCCGUCAGAGAGGACGGCCUUGCCGAGGACGCCUCGGCGCCGGAGUUUGCAAACCUGAAGCACUGUAAAAACCAGCCGAGUCUUCCGAGCUCGUGCAGCACUUCCGACCCAGACACGCCGGGGAGGAUCUCUCUCCGAAUAUCGGAGUCAGCCCUUCAAGCUUCCCCGCCACCCCGGGGGGACUAUGAGGACGACGUGUUCGUGAAGGACUUGCACCCCAAGGUUACUUCAAGCCCCGCCUUUGAUGCUCUUCCCCCACCGCCACCACCGCCACCGCCACCUUCUCUGUGGACCCAGGAACCUCUAGCGAAUGGCGCAGAAGACUUCCCUCCACCGCCUCCCCAAGCCCUGUGUGAGCUGCUGCUGGAUGCAGAAGCAGUCAAGGAAGCGGGCACUGAGCUUCCCAGGGUGACAGUCACAGGGGAAGGGCACGUGCCCGGGGCAGUCCACUCCAAAGGCGGUGAGAUAGCGACUGCCACACCGCCCCAAACUUUGGCCAAAGGCUCAGAAGCCGAGUCCAACACACCUUCCGGCGUGAGUGCCCAGCCUCAGCUCAGCGGUCCUCCUGGCAAGCAGCCCUGUCCCAGCCAGACCCGAAACCUCACUCACGAACCCGUUGACAGAACUCAGGAGCUAGGAAAGAAAACCCAUGCUGAGCCCCAGAAGACCUCAGAGGAUAUCCGAACAGAGGCUCUUGCCAAGGAAAUUGUCCACCAAGACAAGUCUCUGGCGGACAUUUUGGAUCCGGACUCCAGAAUGAAGACAACAAUGGACCUGAUGGAGGGUUUGUUCCCCAGGGAUGCCGAUGUGCUGCUGAAGGACAGUGGCGCAAAGAGGAAAGCCUUAGACAUCGCCGCCAGGCAUGCUGGAUGUGAAGCCAAGACGAGCGACCACAAGGAGGCGGCGGCGGGUGUGCUGGUCACCUGCCCUGCUUACUACAGUGUCUCUGCUGCCAAGGCCGAGCUGCUGAACAAAAUCAAAGACCUGCCUGAGGAGCUGCAGGAGGAGGAGGAGCCGGAGGACGUCAACGAGAAAAAGGCUGAGCUCAUCGGGAGCCUGUCCCACAAGCUGGAGAGCCUCCAGGAAGCGAAGGGGAGCCUGCUCCUGGACAUCAGGCUCAACAACGCCCUGGGGGAGGAGGUGGAGGCGCUGAUCCGAGAGCUCUGCAAGCCCAACGAGUUCGACAAAUACAAGAUGUUCAUCGGGGACCUGGACAAGGUGGUCAACCUGCUGCUGUCCCUGUCUGGACGCCUCGCCCGGGUGGAGAACGUCCUCAGUGGCCUUGGGGAAGACGCCAGUAAAGAAGAAAGGAGUUCUCUGAACGAGAAGAGGAAGGUUCUGGCUGGCCAGCACGAGGACGCCCGCGAGCUGAAGGAGAACCUGGACCGCAGGGAGCGCGUGGUGCUGGAGAUCCUGGCCAACUACCUGUCGGCCGAGCAGCUGCAGGAGUACCAGCACUUCGUGAGAAUGAAGUCCACACUCCUCAUCGAGCAGCGGAAGCUGGACGACAAGAUAAAGCUGGGCCUGGAGCAGGUCAGGUGCCUGCUGGAGUCGCUGCCCUCGGACUUCAGGCCCAAGGCGGGGGCCAUCCCCCUGCCCCCAGCCCUCGCCGGCCACGCGGCCCCUGGCGGGGGCUCUGGAUUGGGUAGCAUUUUCCCAACGCUGACCUCUCCUCUUUAACCUCUCCCGAAAGACCCGAGCAGAAGAUGCCACUCUCAACACUCUAGCCUGAGAGACAUUUCACCAGAAACCGCGGUUUGAGUUGUGGAUUACUGGGGGCUUCCCGAGUGAAGGGACAAGACCAGCAGGUUCUCUCGCCUUUCACGGGCGCCGCUGGGGCCUUCCCACGCUGCGGAAGGAAGGACGGCGACCUGCGACCUGAUGGAGGGUGUCUGAUGCAGGUUUCCCCAGACAGAGGCGGUGGAGAUGAGUGCGAGGCACCCUCAGGAAUGUAUCCACAGCGGCCUUCCUUGCCGGUGGGCAGUGCACCCUGAUACUGGGGCACAAGUCCCAGUCUGCAACACAAAGCCUUAAAAAGACACACACACACACAAGUUAAGAAAACUGUAAAACCCCUGAACAUUUUUGUUAUUUAUAUUUUUAAAAAUGAAAAAGAUCAUUAUGUUUGUGUGCUAACCACUUACCUGAUUCCUUUCUGCGGUGGAUGUAGACGGUUGUGUUCAAGCUUUGUAUUUCCCGAAAACCUUAAUGAAGAAUUCCAAAGAUAGCCAAAUUGAA